AUGAGCAUCUUUCAAAAUAAUUUCAUCUCUUAUGAUCAUUCAUACUACGAUGAUACAUCUCUUCUCCUACAACUUACUAAUAAAGAUUUGUGUUCAUUUUCUAGAGAUAGUUUUGAGGAUGUAGUCAAAUUGGAUUUGCCAAAUCCAUUUCAAGAUGAGCACCCUUCUUUUUUGGUUUUGGAUUCUGGUAGUAUUACCGGAAUUCUUUGUCUCUACAAUAGUGAUAAAAGAUUUGUAUUAUGGAAUCCAACAACAGAGGAAUUCAAGAUCAUCCCUCGAAGCCCUCUUGAGCCUGUAUCAUCUUAUGUUAGAAAUCACGUUAUUCCACUUGGAUUUGUUUAUAACCAUGUUAAAAAUGAUUAUAAGUUGAUUACGGGUGCAUGUUUCAAUUAUGGGCAUUACCAAUAUUAUGGAGGUCCUGGUUGGGAUGUUAUUGUUGGAAGAGACUUAGCGUCAUUUGACUUAGUCACUGAGAAGAUUAUUACGACACCUAUACCUGUAGGAAUACUUCAAGACGUGGAUGAUGAUUUUAAGGUUGAUGACAUACCAAUCUCCUUAAUGGUGUUAAAUGGGUCUAUUGCUUUGAUCUCAUAG